AUGAGCUCCAUCAUGAGGUUCCAGGUGCUCGUCGACGGCGAGUGGCGGGCCGUGCGGCCGAGGACUGGCGCGCUCGUCGUCAGCAUCGGGGACACAUUCAUGACGCUGUCGAACGGGCUGUACCGGAGCUGCCUCCACCGCGCGGUGGUGCACCGGGAGCGGGAGCGCCGGUCGCUGGUCUUCUUCCUCUGCCCCCGCGAGGGCCACGUGGUGCUCCCGCCGCCGUGCCUUCUUGCCGUUGCCGCACGCGAGCAGGAGCAGCCGCGGCGGUACCCGGACUUCACCUGGGCAGACCUGGCGCGCUUCACGCAGCGCCACUACCGCGCCGACGCCGGCACGCUCGACGCCUUCGCGCGCUGGCUCGGCGCCGCCGCCACCUGCGCCGCGGCGACGUCGGCGUCCCACAGCCCAGACACGGCCCACGAGACAGUUUAG